AUCUCUUGGCAGAGCAAGAGGCAGCCCGUGGUAGCACUCUCUACCACUGAGAGUGAGUAUAUAAGUCUGUGUCAGUGCAUUCAGGAGGGUGUCUGGCUAAGGCGUUUGUUUGGGGAGUUUGGCCAUGAUCAUGCUGGUGGUGUGCCUGUGUUUGUGGAUAAUCAGUCUGCCAUUGCCCUUGCACAGAAUGCAUGCUUGCAUGGCCGCACCAAACACAUGCAGGUCCGGUGGCAUUUCAUUCGGGAGAUGGUAGCUGCGGGUGAGGUGAUUUUGCAGUGGUGCCCUACCAACCGUCAGGCUGCUGAUAUUCUUACCAAGUCUCUUCCAUUUGAGCAUCAUGGUGUGUGCAUGACCUUGCUCGGGAUGCAGCCCCAUGAUGACAGAGUUCCCGCAGCAGAUGCCGGCGUCUUGGUGCUCCUCUCCUUGGCGGACUCCAUGCUCUGGGUGGCCCCAACCCAUGGGCAAGGGGGAGUGGUGUGAAGGCAUUUGCCCUAUGGUGUUGAGCCACACCCAGCACGAGCAAGGGGGAGUGAUAAAUGUGUAGUGUUCUGUGGUGUGAUUUGCUCUAGCUGGCUGUGGGCUAUUGGGAUUUGGGCAAAAGAAUUGGGUUGGUUGGCUAGGUUUGAUCUCGUUACCUUUCCAACCCAUACUACCCCAUACCCACUACAACAUCUUUGAUGUUGCAGCUGUGGCACUUGGGAGUGUUAGGGUUUGGUUCAGGGCGAGGGUUGGUGUUGUUUGACAAUCAAAUACCCCAACUUUUCCAGAUCGAACUGCUUCCCUUCUCGUUUUUACUAGGUGAUUCAUGGCUGCCUAGCCAAAUUACCAGAAGACCCCCUCACACUGAUUUCGUCAUAAUCGGUGGCUCAGAUCUUGGUUAUGAACGUGCUUUACCAUUC